CUGACCUGUCUUGUUGUUUGAAGGUCAUGGAGGCAGAACAGACCAAGACAAGAAGUGAGCUGGUGCACAAGGAGACUGCAGCCAGGUACAAUGCUGCCAUAGGCCGCAUGAGGCAACUGGAGAAGAAACUCAAGCGAGCCAUUAACAAGUCCAAGCCUUAUUUUGAACUCAAGGGAAAAUACUAUGUGCAGCUUGAGGUAUGUAUGUGUGGACUAAGAUGCAUUGCUCAUGGGUUUUUCUACACUCAAUUGACCUUUUUGGGGUAGUAGGCCUUCAAACAUGA